AAAAUACAAGAGGUGGUGACAGACAAUUAUUACUGCAGAAGGAAACAGUUUAUUGUACGCACAGACAGGUUAGGUGCUCUGGGCUUGAACACAUGGAGCGAUGUAUUCCCCAUGGAUUAAAUCAUUAUUAAAUUCCAACACCAUGCAGCCCAACCUGUUUGUUUGUUGCCUCAUUCUCCUCUGCACAGCGCUGGGAGAGGCAGCUACAAGGAAGCCAAAAAAGCAGCCAGCACCCGAUUCCAACACCACAGCCAAACCUGAUCCCGAACCUAAAGAGGCCCCUGUCACUCAACCCAAAACCCUUGCAAGAGGCUGGGGUGAAAGCAUUCUCUGGGCCCAGACCUAUGAAGAAGCAUUGGCCAAGUCUAGGGACACAAGGAAACCUCUUAUGGUGAUUCAUCACUUGGAAGACUGCCCCUUUAGCCAAGAACUGAAGAAAGCUUUUGCUGCUGAUGCUAUGGCACAGAAAUUGGCUCGGGAAGAUUUUGUUAUGCUGAAUGUUGUGCACCCUGUGGCCGACGACAACCAGUCUCCAGAUGGUUUUUAUGUGCCCAGGGUAAUAUUUGUGGAUCCAUCAAUGACUGUCAGGACAGACCUUGCAGGAAGAUACUCAAACAGACUGUAUGCCUAUGAAGCUGGUGAUAUUCCAGAGUUGAUCACAAACAUGAAGAAAGCUAAAAUUCUACUGAAAACCGAAUUGUAGGUGUCUGAAUCAUUGAAGAGACUCCAGUGCAGCAACGGUGACCAUGAAGCACUGACCACCACCAAUAUCAAGAGACUAUAGUAGACCCAUAGGAAGAAAUGAUUAUGAGAAGUGAUUCACAGCAGCACACAUUCACAGAUACUGUAGCUUCCUCCUCUUUUCUAAUGUUUUAUACUAGAGAUGAGCGAACUUACAGUAAAUUC